CACGAUGUGGGAGGGAGAUGGAGAGCAAGAGCGAUACGCAGAAAGAGUCGCUGAACACAGAGGCAUUAAAUUGCAUCAUUGAAUGCUCCCAACGACCCCAAAAGUAAUAACUUUGAAAUCCCAGCAUUCGCAGAGCAGCUACCGCUACCUCGGUCUCUGGGAUGCUUUUCUUUAUGGUCGGUGUAGAUGAAUGGUGUAAUAGAUUUAUUUACUAGAAGAAGAAUGUGAGUGGUUUGGGGUAUUUUUUGUAAGUAAAAGAAUAAUGGGUGGUUUUAGUGCUGUUGAAGAAACAGCAGGUGCGAAGAGAAAGAAUGGAGAUACUUUGGGAAACUCGCAUGUUCACUCCCACCACAGGCGCUCUAAGAGUGCUUCUGACAAGAAUGCAAGUGUUUCAAGAGGUGGAGUUUUGCAUUCCAUAAAAAGGGAACAAAAUGAAACAUUUGUGCUACCACAUUCAGCCUGUGCUUCUAGGGGACAAAGUCCCUAUCAUGACAAUGCGAAUUGUAUUAAGAAGAAUACUUCAUCAAAUCAACGGGCCUCCUUGGAAAAAGAUAUUGAGCUGCUGCAAUUCCGUUUGCAGCAAGAGAAAUCUAUGCGCAUAAUGCUUGAGAGGGCAAUGGGCCGAGCUUCAAGUACUUUAUCUCCUGGACAUCGGCAUUUCACUGUUCAGUGUGUGAGGCUUCUGCUGCAUUUACCAAGGGAAAAAUCACUUUCAUUCUUCAUGAGAAUUGGUCAGAUGCACCUGAUGCAUACUUUUGUGGCAGAAUUGACAAAGGAAUUGAUUUCUGAAAUUGAAUUACUUGAAGAAGAGGUUGCAAACCGCGAGCAGCACGUUCUCUCUCUCUACAGGAAUAUUUUCGAUAACUGUGUUAGUAGGCCACCUUCAGAGCAAAACUCAGUCAAAACUUCCCCAGCCCAUACAAAGCAUGGAUCCAGGAAACAUCCAAGUAUCAUUUCAAGUGCAUUUUGUUCCUCCAAAAAGUUUCCAUUGCACCCUUUACAAGCUCUAGUUUCAUUAGAUGAUCCAUGGAAAAGAUUCUCUAAGAGUAGUCAUCCACCACCAUCUAGUGGCAAAAGCAAAAACAUGGAUUUUGAAAAGACUUGGUUUGACCCAGCUCAGGUCAGAGAAAAGGUUCCGGCCUUGCCGAAAGCAGCUGUGCUGCGAACUUUGAAAGAUCAUCUGUACCAGUGUCCAAGCAAGUUAUCCGAGGAGAUGGUCAGGUGCAUGGCUGCUAUAUAUUGUUGGCUUAGCCAGGAAGCAUCUGUAAAUAAUGAAAAGAAUCGAUCACCUUUGUCGUCAAGGUCGUCCAGGAAUGUUAUACAGCCUCGAUGUACAAUUGGGGAGAACCGAGAUUGGUCUUGCAAACCAAUGAUUGAAAUAUCUUGGAUAUCAAAUGAUAAGAGCCACUUUUCUCAUGCUUCGUAUGCAAUCAACAACUACAGAGUUCUGGUGGAACAACUGGAAAGGGUGAAUGCCAGUCAGAUGGAAAAUAAUGCCCAAAUUGCAUUUUGGAUCAAUGUGUACAAUGCCCUUCUAAUGCAUGCAUAUUUAGCAUAUGGAAUCCCCCAAAGCUCUUUGAGAAGGUUAGCCUUAUUUCACAAGGCUGCAUACAACAUUGGUGGCCAUGUCAUAAGUGCAAAUGCAAUAGAGCAUUCAAUAUUUUGCUUUCGAGCACCUCGAAUGGGAAGGUGGCUAGAAACCAUCCUUUCCACUGCCUUGAGAAAAAAAUAUGGUGAAGAAAGACAACUCAGUUCAAAAGUGGGUCUUCAGAGUUCCCAACCCCUUGCCUGCUUUAGUCUUUGUACUGGAAGCUUUUCUGAUCCUGUGCUAAAACUCUACACAGCAUCAAAUGUUAAAGAGGAAUUAGAAGUGGCAAAAAGAGAAUUUCUUCAAGCAAAUGUAGUCGUAAAGAAGUCGAGGAAAGUGUUUCUACCAAAGGUGCUCGAGAGAUAUGCUAGAGAAGCAUCUCUCAGCUCAGAUGAUCUUCUAACAUGGAUCACUGAACAUGUCGAUAAGAAGCUACGUGAUUCGAUACACAAAUGCAUUGAUCAUAAAUCUGGCAAGAAGGCAUCUCAGAUCAUAGAGUGGCUGCCUUAUAGUUCAAGGUUCCGGUAUGUGUUCUCAAAGGAUCUAACAGAGAAGCCAUGGUGGGUCUAAUGUUCUGACUACACUUGAAGAUUAUAUCUGUAUCAGGUUGAGCAGGGAAAUCACUUUUAAGUACGUCAAACUAAUCCAUUUUCAUUGUGAAUGUGAGACAAUUGCUACCAUUUUGUAGCUGUAUGCGGUCCAAGGUUCAUGCCACUCUCUGUUGGUCCGUUGUAAUCUAAUUUGAAAUAGUGGUUGUCAGUUUGCUGAUUGCUAGUUCUAGGAACUAAACGUUUGUAAUUGCUUGAAGUAGUACUAAUAGCCUUUGCAGUGACUGUGUUUGACCCUCUUCAUGUAAAAAAGACUUUCAGUGUAAUAUCAUUAAGCUAUCUGUUUUAUUAGGAUAA